AUGAACCUUUUGUACUGGGGACAUUCAAAUUUGAGCUAUUUUGAAAUAGACGAGAAUCAAGUAAGGAUACCGACAAAAAUCUAUGACGAAUAUAAAAAGAAAAAGAAAAUAAAGAAAUCACCGAAGCGGACGAUACAAAGGAUAAUUAAGAAAGGUAAGAACCGAAGCAGGAAAAUAUACGUAAAACCGAUAACACGACGGCCAACAGUAACAGCGGAGAAUGUUGAUUUAAUGGAUAGCGGAUACACCCAUUACGAAGAUGUCACAACAGGCAGCACUAAAAAGAAACCCAGGAAGAAUCCAAGGAUAGCCAGAUAUCCAAUGCCGUUUCACAAACUUCAACAAAGGAAAGAUUUGACAGCGCGUUAUCGAAAUAGAAGAGAAGUUGAUAGAGAUGACGUGUUUGUACUAAAAGAUCUUGAUGAAAUUGAGAUUGUAAAGAGAGGUAAAGAUUACAACGUAGUUGAGGCGCACGUAAAGAAAUAUUGGUAA